UAAAAUCCAGGAGUUCCUCACGACGGGUCUACGGCACCGAUCCUUUUUCACAGAAGGUGCGGGAAAUAGCCCGAAACGUGCUACACACCAUCUCUAUACAAAGAAAUCGGCGGUCCUUUGCAAAAGCCUCCGAAGCACGAGCGCGGCCAGAUCCAGCGCGCGCUUCUCGCCAACGCCUUUUCGCGCCGGCACGCGCAGUUCCGAGAUCCAACGCUCCCUCCGCCGCCUCGCCUCAGCCCGGAGUCAUGCAACGAUCGCCCUGGCGGCCUCGGCGGCUCUGGGGGGCACUGACGCUCCUGCGCCUGCUGCUCUCGGGAUCGCUGGUUUUUUCAGAUGAUUGUGCUACUGCUGACUUGCCAGAGUUUCCAGCUUCUGAACCAGACCUUGAUAAACUUCCAGCUGUUCUUCCAAACCAUCAUGCUGUUACUUACAGAUGCAAACCCGGUUUUAAACUGGUCCCUGUAAGGUUAAACACCACUAUAUGCACUAAAGGUGUCUGGUCACCAAUACAAGAUAUUUGUGGCUGGAGCUGCCCUUUCCCACCAAUAUUAAAUAAUGCAGAAAUAAAAGAUGAGUUUAAAAGCCUCAGGGACUUUCCUGUUGGGAAGGUAAUAGAAUAUGUUUGUCAUCAAGAAACUGAUAAAAUACCUACCAUUACUAUUACCUGUGGUAAAAACUACAAGUGGUCAGAACCUAAAGUAUUUUGUGAAGGUAACAACAAUUUUGUUUUUGAUGAAUUUAAUGAUUUAAAGGUGUUUCUGCAGUAUGUUCUGCUUGUUCUGUAAACAAUGCUGAGUAAUGUUUUUCAAAUGUAGGCAUAAUAUUAAUGCAAAUAGUAGCAGUUGAGAUCAUUAGAAGGGCACUUAUGAGAAAAAUAAGAACUUUUUAUUUUCUCACUUAGUUACUAAUUUUUGAGGGCUGCCUUUCCAUCUAAGAGACUACCAAGGUGACUAAACUUCCACUAAUCCAAAUCAUAA